CUGGUCUCAGACAAGAUGGCGGUGACCGUUACCAACCCGAGCCAACUGCUGCCUCUGGAGCUUGUGGACAAAUGUAUUGGCUCAAGAAUUCACAUUGUUAUGAAGAAUGAUAAAGAAAUUGUAGGAACAUUAUUGGGUUUUGAUGACUUUGUCAACAUGGUACUUGAAGAUGUCACAGAAUUUGAGAUCACACCAGAAGGCAGAAGAAUUACAAAGCUAGAUCAAAUCUUAUUGAACGGAAACAACAUAACAAUGCUUAUUCCUGGUGGUGAAGGUCCCGAAGUAUGAGUGGAUCCCCAGACUUUCAAAUGGAUGAUGUUCUAAGUCUCUACGGUUCAAUCUUUCUUCUCACCUUCACUAUUACAACCAUUUUUUAAAGCAAAUGUUUAAAAGGUUUAUUUUUUAUUUUCAGGAAGUUUGCAUUUAUUUUUUAUGUUUGAAUGGAAAAAAAUAGUUUCUAAAGUGAGGUGUGAAUCAUGAUUGACUGUAUGUUUUGUCUGAAAGAUGAGAAUAAAAUAUUUCUUUUUAAAUU